AUGGCACCGCGAAAGCGCAGCCGUUCGGAGGCGAUCGAUGCUUCCGAGGCGCAGAACAACGAAGCACCGGGCCUGCUCCAGCAACUUCGGAGUAGUUGGCAAUUUGCCAAUGUGAUGCAAUACAUCCAUAUUUUUGGAAAGCUCAUGAAAAUAGAUGAAGACUUUGGGAUUGAGGAUCUCGAAGAUGAAUGUCUUAAGCCCGAACCCUCCUACAAGCUACUCGAGAUUGGACUGUGCUUGCUAAAAUGGGUGUCGUCACACCGCGGUCUAACUGCCGAAAAUUUUGACGAAUACACAAGACGCCAAUAUAACGCGAAAGCUCCCCAUUUGCCCAAUCCCUUCGGCUACGAUGAGACGCCGCUUCGAUUCCUCGACUUUGAUGUAUUCACAAAGCUCAGCGUGUUGCAGCAGUUGUCCGUCUGGACAUUUUGGAAUCCAGAUCGUAUCCGGGAAAAAAUGCCGGAGAAGAAAGACUUGGAGCAAUUGGAAUGGCGCAUCGAAGAAUUCGGAUAUGAUCAAGAUGGCCGAUCCUAUUACGUGCUCGACGACAAUCGCCUGUACCGUCGAACGGAUCCUCCCAUUCCUGCGCACCAGCGACCAAAGAAAAAGGCUAAAGCCAGAACCUCACGGGGAUCCCGCGCUUCGAAGCGUUUCUCCGCCGCGGCCGCGGAGGACGCAUCUGACGAAGAGCAACCUGAUGGGAAAGAAGCAGACGUUUUCCCCAACUUCAAAUGGGAGUGUGUCGCCGUGACUCUUUCGGAAUACAAUUCCUUCCUGGAUACAAUUCGCAAGAGCAAAGAUGCGGAUGACAAGUACCUGCGCAGUCAGAUCGAAGAACACAUUCUGCCCUUGCUGGAAAAGGCAGAGGAGGCUCAACAAAGAAAGCGGAUCAAGCGGGAGAAGGAGCUCCAACAAAUGCAGCUGCUUGCUGGGGCAAAGCGAUCAAGCCGGCUUGCUGCCAAGGAAGAAAGGGAACGUGCCGAUCGCGAGGCCGCGGAGGCGGCUCGCAAGAAGGAAGCCGACUUGGCCGAGGCUCGAAAGGAGCAGGCCCGGCAGAAGCAGAUGGAGGAAGAGCGCAAGUCCAGGAUGAUGACCAGAGAACAACGCAUCAAGGAUCGUGAGCACAAGCGAGUUCUACAUGAAGCCGAGCUUGAGCGUCUGGCAAGCGAACAGGAGAAGCUGGAACGUGGCGAGGGUCGGGUCUCUGCUCGGCACCUUAAGGCUGAAAUGGAGCGGUCACAACGGAAUUUGGAAGACUUAACGGAGGAAGAUCAGUGGAUCUUCGACUGCUCAGGUUGUGGCAUUCAUGGCGAGAAUCUGGAUGACGGAAGCCACAGCGUCGCAUGUGAGAAGUGCAACGUCUGGCAACACAGCAAGUGUCUCGGUAUUAAAAAAGACGAUGCCGAAAAGGAGGACUUCCAUUUUGUCUGCGCCGACUGCAAGCAGAAGGAGGAGGAAGCCAAUCGUCCCAAACUCCCGCCCUUGAAGUUCCGUGUCAGCACGACCCCGUCGCCUUCGGGGACAGUGAAGGAACCUCGGCUUGAGGACGAACGGCAAAUUAUGUCUUCUCCCACGAAACAAAGCUACCAUGUUUCGCCGAGAAAUCAACAUGGGUCAUUUGGAGCCCCUGAUUUCCAACCCGGACUGCCCUCACUUGCUGCUCAGAAUCUAUCCUCCACUCACAGACACCAAGAAGCUCACCUUCCUUCCUCGCCUCAGCGUCUCCCACAGCCUAGAGCAGAUUCUCAUUUGCCUUCAUCCAGCCCUCCUCGGCCACCUUUCUCACCUUCGAGGGGUUCAAAUGGUGCAGCUCACUCUUCACCAAGGAAGCCUUCCCUGUUCGAGUCGGGAUCUGGCCUGCAUGCCUUGCCUCCCAUGCAGCCAGGACCUCGUCUACCUUCCCUGGGGUCUUUCCAUUCUGGUCGACCCUCAUCCUCUCAGUCUGGGUAUGGUCCAGCGUCAAAUCAUCCAGCGAUGUCGCCCUCACAAGGGAACCACGACGUGGGGCGUCUCGCCGGCGUUCCGUCGGGUGCUUCGGCGACUGGACCUACACAGUGGUCGUCGUUCGAUAGUCACGCUACGCCGCGACCACAAUCUGGCUACGGUGGUGGGAACCACGCCAUGGCCAGCCAUUACCCUUCCUUUUCAUCCGCCGCUACUCCGAAUGGGAACAACUCCUCUCCUCCACGCACUUCGCAUGGAAUGGGCAUGUCUGGGAUCAGCCCAACAAAGCAAUCUCCUCGGCCCAUCACCGCAGGCGGGAUGGCUGGAGCGCCAGUUUUACCUCCAAUCCGCAGAUUGGAGCCUAGUCCAAAAUUGAUGGGCCGCAGCUCUCCGGAUGCACCGAUUCCAGCUCCCAUGAAAUGCAUGACGCCAGAGCAAGAGGAGCGUCGUCAGCGAGAGAAUGCGUCUCUAAUCAACAAUGGGCAGGCAUUUCCGGCCAGCGGCCAGGCCCACCCCAUGUCGUCUCCAUCGUUGAGUCGAGUCCCGCCUCUGGGCCCUGUUGGCCAUACACAGCAUCAUCCGGAGGCAAUGUCGCCAUCGGGAGAUGGUGAUCACAGCGGGGGUAACUAA